GUAGGAUCCUACGACAACUACACCUCCUACAGUGACUACGUGAUCGAGGAGAAGACGGCCGUGCUGCAGAAGAGAGAGAGCGAGGGAUUCGGCUUCGUCCUCAGAGGAGCUAAAGCCGAGACCCCCAUCGAGGAGUUCGCCCCUACUCCGGCGUUCCCCGCCCUCCAGUACCUGGAGUCUGUGGACCAGGGGGGCGUGGCCUGGAGGGCGGGGCUACGCACUGGAGACUUCCUCAUAGAGGUGAACGGGGCCGACGUGGUGAAGGUGGGACACCGGCAGGUCGUCUCUCUGAUCCGACAGGGCGGGAGUCGGCUGCUGAUGAAGGUCGUGUCCGUUUCCAGGAAAUCUGAAUCCAACCUGAUCCGGAAGAAAGCUCCUCCCCCUCCAAAACGAGCCCCCAGCACCUCGUUGACACUCCGAUCCAAGUCCAUGACCGCCGACCUGGAGGACAUAGCCCGGAGGAGACGCUUCGAGAAACUGGAUGAGAUGUUGGCCGGGGGUCAACAGGAAGUGGUUCUCAGGGCCCGUCCGUCCGACGACUUCAGAGCGGCGACGGUGAAACAGAGACCGACCAGCCGGCGAAUCACGCAGGCUGAGAUUAACUCGUUGUUUGAGCGUCAGGGUCUGGUGCCCCCCUCAGCUCCAGAGAAAAGCACCAUGGCUUUACCCCGAGGAAUGUCCAGAACCAAGAGCUUUGGCACACCCGACGAUGACAGGAUCAGCGCCCUGAUCAACGAGAGUCGGUUUCCUCGGAGCUCCUCCCUGACAGACAGCUUCAUCCCGCCUCCUCCUCAGAUGGCUCCGCCCCCUCCUCCCUCCGCCUCCUCCUCCACCUCCUCGCUCUUCCUCCUCGACUCCGGCCCCCCUCCGUCCUUCCUCCCCCCGCCUCCCCCGGCCAGAGGGGAGGGGCUAACCCGCUCCAGCUUCAAGCCGGGGGCGGAGCCCAGGCUCCAGGAGCUCUGCGAUUCGCCGACGCGAAGCCACGCCCACGCCGAGCGGCAGAGGAAGGCGCGGUCGAUGAUCAUCCUGCAGGACACGCCGCCGCCGCCGCAGCCCGACGCACACGCCGCCGCCGCCGCCACGCACUCGAUGCACACCGCCACGCACACCGCCACGCACACUCACACCGCCACGCACACGUCCACGCUGUCCCUCCACGGCACCAGCCCCGCCCUCGGCCACUCACCGCUGUCUCGCCGCCGGGGACGGCCAAUAGAAAACCCUUACGCCAACGUGGGACAGCAGGCUCCGCCCUCCAAGCCGCAGAGGAGGAAGUCACCUUUGCUGAAACAACUUCCUGUGGAGGAGCAGGGACUUCGGGACCAGGAUCUGUUGAGGGUGGACGGCGGCGGCAGCCCCAGCCGGGCGGAGCUGUACCAGCAGCAGGUUCUCUCGGAGCGCGCCCGGGUCCAGGGUCGCAGGUCCUCUCUCUUCCUGUCUGUGGAGGGCGCCGGGUCCGAGAACCAGGUGCCCCUCCUCACUCAGAGCCAUUCGAUGGACGACCUCGGCGAGCUGCCCCCCCCGGCGCCGGUCCUGUCGCCCUCGCCGACGCCUCACACCUUCCUCCACCCGCUGACGGGGAAACCUCUAGACCCCUCGUCUCCACUCGCCCUGGCUCUCGCUGCACGAGAACGAGCGCUCACCGCCCGCACGCCCAGCCCCGAGCCUCGACUGAAACACGCGUCCGCCUCCAACACGCCCAUCCCCACCCCGGCCGUCAGCCCCGAGGGACGACACAAGCGCACCCCUAUCCCCACGCCGCAGGGCAGCCCCGAGCCUCGGUCCAAACGCCCCACCCCGCAGACAAGCCCCGAGCAGCGAACCAAGCGCACCACUCCCCAGACCAGCCCCGAGCUGAGGCACAAACGCACAACCCCGCCAAUAUUCCCCGACGGGCAAGUGGAGCGCCCGGAGACAGAGGGAGGAGUGACGUCCCCCGCCGCCCCCUCCCCCGAGCGCUGGAGACCCAGCCCCUUGCCGGCGCUGGCCAAUGAGGGUCACCCUUCUCUGAUUGACAGGCGCAGAAGCCUCACAGUGGGCAGCUCCGAGGAGGAGGGCGGGGCUUACACAGUCACACUCCCCCCGGCGCUGUUGUCCUCCAGCGACGAGGAGACGAGGGAGGAGCUCCGCAGAAUCGGCCUGGUGACUCCGCCCGCUGCCUUCGCCACUCCUCCCGCCCUUCCCCCCCCGUCGUCCCUUAUACUGUUGCCACGGCGAGGCGGGGAGGGGGGAGGCGGAGAGAGUGGUCCCGAGUCUCUGGUUCGACGAGGCGAUGAGGAGGAAGGAGGUGACGAACGGCUCCACGACAGCUCGUCCUCCCCCAGCUCGCUCCCUCCCUCCAUCACCUUGGCCUCCCCUCCUGCUCCACCCUCCCCCUCCUCCCCUCCCGCCGCUCACCCUUCUCCCUCCUCCCCCGCCACCUCCCCAAUCGGCCUCAAGCCACGCCUUCGUUCGCCCAUCGGGCGUGGGCGCUCCGCGCUCCGGGACCCGCUGCUGAAACAGUCGUCGGACAGCGAGCUCCUCCCGUCGGCCGCGUCCUGCUCCUCCCCCUCCUCCCCCCUCUGCUCCUCCCCCACUAGCGGCGGCGGGCGGCAGCCGCGCUACCUGUUCCAGAGGAGGUCCAAGCUGUGGGGCGGCGGGGACGACCGCGAGGAGCGGCGGGGCUUCAGCCCGGACGACGGGGGGCGUCCGGCGGCACCGGGGGGUCAGGGGGGGGGGGGCUCGGCCGUGGAUCUGACCAGCCGGUCGGCGUCGGCGCUGGAGCUGAGCGGCAGGGCGGGCUCCGGGCUGGAUCUGGCCAAUCGGCUGCAGCUGCUCAACAAAGACAGUCACUCUCUGGGGGAGGAGCCGAGUCCCCUGGACCCGGGCCGGAGGUCUCCAGUAGGAGGAGCCAGGUUGUUCUCCAGCCUCGGGGAACUCCACACCAUCUCCCAGCGGGGGUACGGCUCCAGCUACACCGUCCGACCAGGAAGCCGCUACCCCGUAACCCGCCGGAGCCCCUCCCCCUCCCCCUCCCCAUCCGAUAGGUCCAUGGGGCUCGCCUCCUCCCCCACCACUUGCCCCGAAAGGCCAGAUCUGAGCUCAGGUCGCGGUCUCACCAUCCUGAAGUCAUCCAGCCUCAGCCUCCCAGAACCAAAGGAGGUUCGCUUCGUGAUGCGGAGCGCCAGCGCACGAACCAGGUCUCGAUCCCCGUCUCCCUCGCCCCACGCCUCCCCCUGCCCCUCCCCCGUCCUCAGCGGCCCCUGUUGGCCCUUCGCCGUGGAGGCAGCGCCCCUUAACUUGUGGAAUAAAUACGACGUGGGCGACUGGCUGGAGAGCGUGGGCCUGGCCGAGCACCGCCAGCGCUUCCAGGAGCACGAGAUCGAAGGCUCGCACCUCCCCGCCCUCACCAAGGAGGACUACGUGGAGCUGGGCGUCACCAGACUGGGACACCGGAUCAACAUCGAGAGGGCCCUCAGACAGCUACUGGAUGGCUCCACUUGACCUCAGACCUCUGGACAUCCUGUGACCUCAUAACCUCUGGUCAGACACUAGGCCAUCUCUUUGACUAGAACAUCUAUGAAUCCUUAGACCUUUUUACAAC